AAAUUUUCAGUCGCAUAAGCACUCGAACCUUGUAAAGAACGCAAGAUCCACAAAUUCAAAAUGUGCGCGCCUCACAAAUGAACACCGAACGAAGUUGCUAAACGCAUAAAGUUCCUACGACGAUAAAAUCGGCAAUAAAGUCUAUAAUGAAUUCCAAAUAGCCGUACGAACACGGUGUCCGUAAAAAAAUUCGCACUUCACGUCGACGCGCUGAAAGUAGGAUUUGGUUUUAGACGUGCGUGUUUUUCUGUUGUGAUAUUUUCGUAAACGAAAAAAAAUGUGUCAGUGCAAUUUACUUGUGUUUGGUGUUGUCCUGUUGACUUGUUGUGUUUUGGGAGUGACUUGUUUUAAUAUCGAGAGUUUUCACUAUGCGGUGUAUGGAUCACCAGAUAGGCACAAGUCGAUGUUUGGAUUCACUGUGGGUUUGCACAAGGAGAGGAACACAGGAUGGAUCUUGAUUGGAGCCCCAGAAGCUCAGUCUAGGUAUCAACCAGUGCGAAGUGGUGGGGUUGUGUACAAAUGUCCAAUAGACAGGGAUGAAAACUGCGAAGAAGUACCCUUUGACAGGAAAGGGAAUAACAUCAGAGAUGGCUCAGACAUUGACCAGAAAGAUGGACAGUGGUUUGGAGCUACUUUGAGCACUUCAGGAAGGAAUAAUGGACCAAUUGUGGCCUGUGCCCCAAGAUACAUCUGGUACGCCUUGACAAAGAAAAGGAGAGACCCUGUAGGAACCUGCUACGUCUCAAAUGGAGCCUUCACAUCUUUUGCGGAGUACUCUCCCUGUCGAACAUCCCAAUGGGGAUACCACAGACAGGGGUCAUGUCAGGCUGGAUUUAGUGCAGCGAUCAACGAGGAAGGAGACAGACUGUUCCUAGGAGCUCCAGGCAGUUGGUACUGGCAAGGACAAAUGUACUCUGUCGACGCACAUGCCAAGUUCGUCUUUACCCCUGGCUUGUUCUCACGAUUUGGCGGUAAAGGUCAGGUAAUACAGCAGAGCACAGAAACUAGACCUGCAGUGUUCUCAACCAAAGAGGGUACGGCCAAAGAUGACGAUUCAUAUCUUGGUUACUCGACCAUAAAAGGUGAUUUCGCCGGUAAUGGAGUGGAAGGAGUGGCCGUGGGAAUGCCCAGGGGUGCCAAUCUUCACGGUAAGGUCCUGCUGUACACUUGGAACCUAACGAACUUCAAGAACUUCAGCGGGGAUCAGCUUGGUUCUUAUUUUGGCUACGCCUUGGCUUCUGUCGAUGUUGAUGGUGACAAGAAGGAUGAUAUUGUUAUUGGGGCCCCCAUGUAUACCAUACCUAAUAACGAAGGGAAGUACGAGGUCGGUAGGGUCUAUGUUAUAUAUCAUGGAGGGUUCAGGGGUACUUUCAGCUCAUCGUACGUUAUCGAAGGUUUCAAGUCGAAGUCAAGGUUUGGACAAGCUUUAGCAGGGUUGGGUGACAUCAAUCAAGACGGCUAUGGAGACUUCGCUGUUGGAGCACCAUACGAUGGACCAAGAGAACGUGGUGCAGUGUACAUCUACCACGGAUCAGAGAAGGGAGUCAGAAAGACAUUUUCCCAGGUCAUCUACGCUGAAGAUGUUUCUUACGGUCCUUCCAUACAACCGAACUUGGCACUGGCAGAUCAUCCAGAAACGUUUGGUUUUUCUGUAACUGGAGGUAUAGAUCUUGAUGGAAAUGAUUACCCUGACUUCGCUGUUGGUUCUUACUUGUCGAAUUCAGCCUUCUUCUUCAGAUCACGACCUGUGGUGAGAGUAGAAGCCUUUGUCAGAUUCUUAACUCCAGGCAAACAAAUUGACAUAAAAGACGAGAGCUGUCAAUUGAGGGAUGGUGAAAAGGUGGCCUGUACCUCCAUCGAUUUCUGCGUGAAAUAUAGUGGUAAAGGAAUCCCAGCAGCGAUAAAUCUAGAAGUACAAUACAUCCUGGACACCAGACAACCCAAGAGACCAAGGAUGGCUUUCUUAGAAAACGAGAACAUCAAUUCCAUGAACAACACAAUUCGUUUAGAAAAAGACAAAGGAGAUACUUGUGAAACAAAGAAAAUUUAUCUCAGGCCUGACUUAUACGACAAACUAACCGCCUUGGAAGCCGAAGUGAAGUACUGGAUGAAAGAAGAAGAUUACAGGAUACGAAGCACCAGAGAGGCCAGAGAUCCAAAUUCUAUGUUAAUGUCAAUUCUCGACCUAAACUCCCCACCGGUAAGAAAGGACUCUAUAGUCAUCAAGAACAACUGCGGACCUGACAAUGUCUGCAUACCCAACCUCAGCAUCGAUAUCACUCCGAACGUCCAACAGUAUCUGUUUGGCUCCAAGGAAAACCUGAAUUUCACCAUCAUCGUCAACAAUAAUGGAGAGGAUUCGUUUGGAACGUCGUUUUCUCUUGUUUACCCUGACGGUAUAUACUUCAAGAAGGUUGACGACAAAUCUCAGCAACAUGCUACUUGCAGGAACUCCGAAAACAGGACCCUGAAUUGCGAUAUAGGAAAUCCCUUGCCAGCUGGAAAUAUUGUCAAGUUCGACAUCAUCCUCCAACCGUAUUACAAAGAUGGCUUACAGGACACCUUUGAAUUCGACAUGUAUGUCAACAGCACAAACCCCGAACUCCAGAAAGACGUAGAAGACAAUCACAGACACAUCUCCAUAGAUGUUUGGGCUGACUCCAAUAUAGAGCUGAGAGGAGUGUCACAUCCACCUGAGCUAUACUUCAAUGAAACCAUGUACCCCAAUGACAAGAUAUACAAAGAACAAGACAUUGGCCCUCAAGUUAUCCACACUUACUUCCUACGGAAUUUAGGUCCUGCCAACAUUGAGGAGACUGAGUUGUUGCUUUCUUGGCCUUUCGCGACCUUGGAAGGGGAGAGUUUCCUCUAUUUGAUGGAGCAACCACAUACUUUGGGGAAUGUCAAGUGUCACUUCGUGCCAGAAGCUAACUACCUCAACCUCAGCAUCGAAGAAAACUUCAGUUGGGAGAGGAUCAACGUGAAGGAAUCUUCCAUUGAGUUCCACUCUGUAGUCUCAGGAGGAAGAGUCAGUCUCGAAACUGACGUCAUCACAACAGGAGUAAGUGGUGGCGCUGCGAUCAAUCCUAGCCAAGAAGACAUAACGUCCCUUGUGGGAGGAUCUGAAGACAUAUCAGUGAUUGAAAUGCAAAGACAAAAUGGCUCAGUUUCAUCAUCAGGAGCUUUCGGAGGUGUUACAACGACCACUUACUCUGAAUACGAAACUAAAGUGAUCGAUGGUAUUCCCUACACCAUGGUUACCAACACUACAACCGUUCGAGAUGGUAGGGGAAAAAUCCUCAACACUUACGUUCGUAAAGGUAAAAGUGACCAUCAUGCCUUGGGUGUCCCUCAGAGGGGUAGUCAGGGAACCAGCAGAGUGGACGAAGGCAGGAUCACCACCACUCAUACCAAAUACGAAACGAAAAUCAUCCAAGGCGUUCCAGUAACAACAGUUACCAACACCACAACCAUCUCAGACGCUGUAACCGGUGAAAUUUUGAGCACUAGCACUGUGAGCGAAGGUAGUGCGUCUCAUGUACUACCAGCAGGUGGCGCUUCUGGCGGUAGUUACUUCGAAAAGACCGAGUCCAGCGGGGUGACCAAUCUGAACAGUUAUCCAAUCGAUGGUAGGCCUAUUGUCAAUCGUAUUGAGGGAAAGAACUUCACCAUAACUAGUCAAGGGGGUACACAAGCUGGCAGGGUGUUCCAGUGGGAUAAAAAUAAUGGUGGAAGGCAGGAAGAGAGGAGAUACCAAACAGACUAUCGAAUUGGACCAUCAACAAGCCAACAGAGCCAAACGACAUACUCAGGCUCCCUGGCUGGCGGAAGCCAAAGCAGCACAGGGUACCAACAGAACGGCACCAGUUAUGGUCUUUAUGAUUCAGGAAACAAAGUGUACGAAGGCAGCUAUGAAAACGAAUAUAUCGAGGCUUCUGAAGAGGGUGACCAGUCUCAAACUGGAUAUUUCGACGAAGAAGGCAUCUACCACUCCUACAAAAAGGCUGUUAGUGUCGACGAAGGUUCAAACGGUUCUUUCGUGGAAGAAUAUGGUUCUAGCAGAGGUGGUGCUGUUGACUUCAACCAAGACCUUGGAAAUCUUGCAGCUAAUAAAGGGUUCACCACCACUUUCACCCAAGUGAGCAACGGUAAUGAGAUGCAUCUUGGUGGUAGUGGUAGCGUUGGUGUUGGUGCUACUGGUGGUCAAGGAGCUGGCGGGAAAAGAGUUACUUUCACAGAAGAAGUUUCUUUAACUGGGACGUAUGACCCUGACACAGGACGUUUCAUACCAGAUGCAAGACAAGACAGAAGCUCCAAAGCAACAUCGCAGGGUAGCAAGAGAUCCUCCAAGAAGUCCAGCUCCUCCAAGCAGCAAUCAUCUCAAUCCAGCAGCAGUAGUUCUUCGUUCUCCAAGCAAGAACGCUGGUCCAGCUCAAAGUCUGUCUCUCCGCCUCAAAACUCAAUCGAAGGAGACAACGUACCAACGAACAGACCAACAUACGGAUACAUGGGAAGAAAGAAACGUCAAGCAGUUUAUCAACACAGGGUGUUGCAUUACGACAAGGCAAUGAUGCAGGCCAUCCAGUGCCAUUCUACCAAGUGUUUCAAUGUGAGGUGCGUUGUUGGAAGAUUGGCACCAGAGAAGGAAGUUGUGGUGGCUUUCAGAGGUAGGAUAAGCGCUAAGGUCUUGAAAAACGUGACCGACCACUCGAUUAAAUUCUCCUCCAUGAUGGCAGCUAAAAUAACCAAACUACCUUUCUUCGGGAAAACAGACAAAACCAACGUCACAACGUUUGAGAUUGAAACCAACGUACCUGGACCACCACCUGAGAUCAAAUCCGAUGUGGUACCACUGUGGAUCAUUUUACUAUCGGCCAUCGUAGGCACUCUCAUUUUACUGUUGGCCGUAUUGUUACUCUACAAGCUCGGUUUCUUCAAGAGGAACCGACCUUCCAAUGCACCAGAACGACAGCCCCUCAACCGCAACGGUUACCACCAUGGAGACGAAGCAUUAUAGAACGUGUGGACGGUGUCUAACGACCCAACGAACAAGACUUGAACGAUUGAUAUUAAUUAAUUUAUUCGAGAGUGGAUGUGUUUAUAGUUGAAUGUCUAUCAAUUAAGAAAUUUAUCGAAAAAGAGUCAUGAGCUCUGAACGUAUGCCAUAGUGAAAUAUUCUAAGAUCAUCCUUCGUUCUACAGCAUAGAGAAAGUGAACAAAAGUUAGAGCGAAACAUUAUAAAUUAGCAAUUAAUUAUAAUUGAUUAAUAUCACUUCAUUAAUCAAUUAUUAUUAUACUGUAGUUGAUCAUCAGUUUUAGCUACGCCCAUAACAUAAAGAUCUGCCCACUUAGAUUACACUGCCAUCUGUAGUUAAAACGGUAGGUGUAAAAAUAGAUCGUAAGCCAAUCAGGUCCAGUGAUAUUUUAACAGACUAAUUAAAAUUAAUCCUAGAUAACAGUGCCUUAAAUUCGUAAUAGUGCCUGAUAAUGUGAACUUUAGAAUUUAAUAAGUCAUGCCAUAAUUAAAUUCGAGAGGUGUCUCUCCGGAAAUUGAGAUUUUAACGAAUACUUGAUAUAUUUGACACAUUUCCUAGAUGAGCUAAAAACGAACAAUACACAAAACUCCAGAACGAAACAGAUAAAAAUUGACAGUUUUAGCAAGAAACUGCUAUCGAGACUGAACAAACCGGGAAAUGUGUCGAGUACUGUACAAAAUCCUUUAGUUGUUGACAAAUUGUAAUGUUUGUGUUUUUAUUUAUUUAUAGAAUUCGCGAGAUGUACUUAUAUCUUGUUAAUUCUUCAGAUGACUAAUAUUUUAAUGAAUUCGAAAAUUAUCUAAAAGAGAAUUGUAUAUUGUAUUUACGAAUUGACUGUAAAUAAAAUUAUUAUGUUAAAA